AUGAAAGCUAUCCAGAACUUCUCUUCUCCAUUUACACUGAAAACAGUAGAACAACGAAGAAAGAAAUUCACGGCAUCUCCUGCGCUACCAGAAACUGCUGUUUCAGUAGUACUUGCAGCCACAGUGGUGGGUGCAGCAGCAAUCGUCCUUGUAAGGAGGACCAGAGGUUCCAAAGAGAUUGAUACCUCUGUCAAAACUUGUGAAGAUUGUGGUGGAUCUGGCAUCUGUGCAGAAUGUAAGGGUGAAGGUUUUGUACUGAAAAAGCUAUCAGAAGAAAGUGCUGAGAAGGCAAGAUUGGCUGCAAAGAAUAUGUAUUCUUCUAUUUUUCAUGCUCCAAGCUUCCACCCUUACCAUCCUGAGCUUGUACAGCCACAAGAAGAGCACUUGCAGCAAGAAUUCAACUUAGACAGCAACUACUACACUCCUCAGUUUGCUUGCUUCAAGUUUGGACAGCAACAUGCAGCAAUAGUAUGA